AAUGUAUUAAUAAAUUAGGCUUUUUAUAUUACAAUUUUAUUUCUUUUUGAGUAAUCAUAUUAUAUUUUCCAUUUGGCAACCCUUUUUAACAUAAUCUCUCCUCAUUCACUCCUCAAUUUUUUCUUAUACGAAAAAUUUUCUCUGGUUUUGGUUUAGCUUUGGCUUUUCUUUGUAAGCUUAAAUAUUUAGUCGUAGUGUAGCUGUAGGUAUCCGAUUGUUUUUAAAUAAUGGGAAAAACUUUCACCUUUGGGAAAUCAUAAUACAUCUAGAUAUACAAAAUAUUGAUAGAAUUAAUAAUUAAGUACAUACAUUAAAAAAUUUAGUAAAAAUAAAUUGAAGAAAAAUUAUAUGUAACUGCAUUACAUAUUUAAACAAUGGAAAUUCACUUAGUUAAUUUUAUAUUCUUGAAUUUUACGGUAGUAGUUCUUUUAGUUGGAGUCAUAGUAAAUCUAAAGGAAUCAUAUUUGCCUCAAUUUGUAUCUCAAGCAUUUCGUUAUGGAAAACAUAAGCAUAAAGGAAAAACUAAUACAAUUAUCAAUUUGAUGGAAAUUCCAAAAUCUUGCUUUAAACACUUUUAUGCAUUUGCUUUGUUUUGGUCACUAUGGGGACUAUAUUUAGUUUUAAAAACCAUUAUUUUAUCAACACCGGUUCCUGAUGGCAUCGUACAAUUUCUUGAUUUGGUAGCAGGAGGUUCAUAUCGCCCCAUUUUGGUCAAAUCCAGUUCUGCUUUAAUAGCUAUCGUUCUAUUAAGCAUUCAAUGUGUUCGCAGAUUUUAUGAAACAUGGAUGAUGCAAAUAUUUUCAUCGAAUGGUAAAAUAAAUAUUUCACACUAUUUUGUUGGAUAUCUACAUUAUUUUGGUGCUGUAAUAGCUAUUUUAGCGAACACUGAAGGUUUUGUCAAAGGAUCAAAACCAAGUCCUUUCUCCUUAAAUAAAGUGGAAAUAUAUAAAUUUAUUUUUAUUAUUAUCUUCCACAUUGCAUGGAAGCAACAGUUCAAUUCCAAUAAAAUUUUGGUAGAAGGCAGAAUGGACCAAAAUGGAAAAAUUUCUCAGGAUCAUAUACUGCCUAGAGGUGGAUUCUUCGAUCUUAUAUCAUCCCCCCAUAUGUUUUUUGAAAUUGUUAUCUAUUUAUCUAUUUUUGGAAUAAUUCCAGAAAGCCAAACUUGGCUUUAUUGUACAAUUUGGGUUACUGUAAAUCAAAUCCAAAAUGCAUUGUUAACACACAAAUGGUAUUUAACAACUUUUAAAGACUAUCCCAAGCAAAGAAAAGCUAUUAUUCCAUUUAUACUAUGAAAAAUCUAUCCGGGUUUUAUUGAAAUUAACGUAAAUAAAUUGAUGUUUUUAUUGUUUUAGGAAUAACCAUUAUUUUUUACGGCUGAUAACCGUGAUAAAAAAUAUGUAAUUUAAUAUGCAUAUGAGUAUUUAAGUAUGUAUG